AUGUCCCGCCUCGUGGUCGUGCAGAAUGCGUCAUACGCACCGCCCGCUGGUCUGUCUGAGCAGCUGCCCGUCCUCAAUCUCCCGCUGGCCGCGACAGCUGUCUCUCCAAUCUUACGACACCUGGCUCCUUCAUGCGGCGACGUUGCUCGUGUCGGUCCGGCCUACUGUGCCUGCCCCCAGUCUGCGGAAUCCUCCCUCGCCUGCUCUCUCCUUCUUCCGCCGCCGUCCGAGGGCACUCCGGUACGCGCCCCACGGAAGCCAUCUGCUCGCUGUCGUAGCGCUCUUCCCCGUCUGCAGCCGCCUGGCAUCUACCCGCAGACACGGAUGGCAUGGUGGCGGAAGCACUGCUCGUCUCCGAGCCCGCCGUAG